AUGGCAAAAGAAGUUCAGGCUGUGCAGUUUUCUGUAAGCUAUGCAGAAAAAAGCCUAAGAGACAUGCCCACGCGAGAGUCGAUUCUCAACAAGGCAAAACGGGUGGAGGUUUUCAAGGGGUCAGACGCGCUGAAGUACCUCAUGAACAAAAAGGGCCUUCUGUCUAUGCAGGCCAAAGACAUCAUGUCCGUGCUGCUCGACAACCACUACAUAGUGAGGGUCCGGCCAAUGGACGAUCAGCACAUACUCGACCUUUCGUACGAGUUCAACAUAAACCACGAGUACAUCUGGAUAAAGGAGGGCUCGCGGGUGAUGCUGUAUCUUUUCAGCGUGGCAGCGCUUCUUAUUGCUUUGACUUUGGCCAUGUUCCCCAUUUGGCCAAGAAGCGUGAAGAUAGGAACGGGGUAUAUCUUUUAUCUAUUAAUUGGGCUGAUUGCUUUCCUCAUUUCGAUCACAGUUUCUCGGGCGGCUCUGUAUGUUGCUGUGUGGGGCACCACGGGGAAGCACUUCUGGCUAUUCCCCAACCUAUAUGCGGACUGUGGCAUUCUGGAAAGCUUCAUGCCCCUCUAUGGCUGGGACACGGACGGGGAAGAAGGAGCGGCGUCUGCAAGCCACCAAAAAGCCCAGGCCAGCGACCCCGGGAAGGACAAGUAA